AUGGCCUCUUCUUUCGUUACGUCCUUGUCUGGGGCGCUGCUGCUGCUAGGCACUCUGCCUGGCGCGACGGCCGAGUACAAGGUCGAUUCUCACGAUGCCAUCGUCGAGUCCUCGCGGUCGCUAGCCCGGGACGUGAUGACCUUUUACCACGGUGAAGAGCCGGGAGAGAUCCCCGGUAUCCUUCCCGGCCCCCCGCCCUCCGGCGACUACUACUGGUACACGGGCGCAAGCUUCUUCGCCACGUACCUCGACUACUGGCACCUGACCGGCGACGACUCUUACAAGGACGUCACCACCAGGGGCUUGCUCUUCCAGGUCGGCCCGAUGGAUAACUAUAUGCCACCGAACUGGACGGCCUCGAUGGGGAAUGAGGACCAGUGCUUCUGGGGCACGGCGGCGCUGCUGGCUGCCGAGUAUCAGUUCCCGACCCCGGAGGGUGACCCGCGCUGGAUCGACCUCGCAGUGAAUGUCUGGCAGACUCAGGCGCACCCAGACAGGCACGAUGAUACUUGCGGGGGCGGCCUCCGCUGGCAAAUCCCUCCGUCGAACGCGGGGUAUGAGUAUAAACAGACAAUGUCCAAUGCAUGCUUCUUCAACAUGGGGGCGCGCCUCGCCAGGUUCACCGGCAAUGACACGUUCGCCGACUAUUCUGGGGAGACCUGGGACUGGUUGACGGGUGUCGGCUUCAUCGACACCGAGACCUGGGCUGUGUACGACGGUGCCCACGUUGAUGACAACUGCACUGAUAUUUCCAAAUUUCAAUGGUCGUACAACGCCGCAACCCUUAUACAGGGUGCUGCAUUCAUGUACAACUACACCAACGGCUCCGACGUCUGGCGCGAGCGCGCCGACAAGCUCUCCGACGCCCUGCUGGGGACCUUCUUCCCGGACGGCAUCGCCUACGAGGCGGCCUGCGAGGAGUUCGAGUCGUGCCCGAGGGACGCGCUCUUCAUGAAGGGCUACGCGCACCGCUGGCUCUCGUCGGCGACGCAGGUCGCGCCCUUCCUCGCCGACAAGCUGCUCCCCGUCCUGCGGACGUCGGCCGAGGCCGCCGCGAAGCAGUGCGUCGACAGCGAUGACGGCGGGGCCGCCGGCCAGCGGUGCGGGUUCUACUGGCGCAAUGACACUUUCGUCGACCCCGAAGAGACCGAUGGCACCUCGGGCGCUGGAGAGGGCCUGAGUGUGUUUGCUGCGGUGACCAACCUGCUCAUCGCUGAUGCUGCGGCGCCGGCUACUGCGGCCACUUCGGGGGAUGCUGGGAAUUCGAGCGGGACAAGCCAGGACGGCUCGCCGAGUGGGACGGCAGAUGGGAGUUCGCCAAGUGGCACGGCUGCUUCGGGCUCUGGGGCGGGACGGUUCCGUGUUGAGGUUACGACAUCGCUGUUGCUUGGCGUCAUGGCGGUUUUUGUCUGGGUUCUAUAA